AUGUCUCUAGUGAAGAAGAAUCUGAGUUCGGUUGAGAAUGUUGAAGAGAGUAAGGAGGAGUUAUCAUUGUUGGACUUGCCUGAACUGACCUUAGAAUGCAUACUUGAAAAGCUGCCUCCUUCAUCACUCUAUCAAAUGGCUGGUGUUUGCCAUUCCUUGAGAGACAAGUGUGUGAGUGAUUACUUUUGGGAGAGGCACAUGAAGAAAAAAUGGGGUGGAGUUAUUGGUCAUGCUGCUUAUAGGGAAUGGAAAUGGUAUGUUGCUUCGAAAAGGGAUGUUAAGGAUAUUAAACAUGCCACACAAAGAGGCUUCUUGAUGAGUUACUUCUCUAUUCUUUGGCCUUUUCAAUGGAUGAAAUUAAAGGUUGAUGAUGUAAUUGAUAGCUGCAAGAUGCGGAGUUCAUUGGUUGUUGAUUCUGUUAUGAAUUGCUAUCUUGCUAUUGAGACCGGCAGCUUCUGGUUCCCUGCUCAAGUCUAUAACCGUGAGAACGGUCAUGUUGGAUUCAUGUUGUCUUGCUAUGAUGCUAAAGUUAGCUAUGAUUCGCAAACUGAUACCUUUCAAGCAAAGUAUCCUGCACAUGGAAGAAGAGGAGAUGCUAGAGAGUGUGGCAUUCCAUGGAAAAGAUUAAGAGCGCCACCUGUGGAUACUUGUUCACAUGAUCUUCAUAUCUCUGAUUGUUUAAAUGAUUUGUAUCCUGGUGAUCACAUAGAGAUUCAGUGGAGGAAAAACAAAGAAUAUCCUUAUGGUUGGUGGUAUGGUGUUGUAGGUCACUUGGAGUCAUGUGAUGGGAAUAAAAACUAUUGCCACUGUCAUAUUAGCGAGACAGUGGUGCUAGAGUUCAACCAUUACACUCCUGGCUCAAGAUGGAGACAGACUAGUAUCAAUAGGAAAGAUCAUAGAGAGGAAGGAAAUGAGGUUGAUGGAUUUUAUGGGGGAAUAAGAAAGAUUGAGAGUGAGAAAGAAAUUUCCAUUUGGAAACUAAUGUGGCCAUCUGAUGUCUUGAAUUAG